AUGGAUGACUUUUAUUUAACCUAUGAAGAUCAAUGUAAAUUGGCAAACCAGAAUCCUGGGAAUAAAUUGUUGGAGUUUAGAGGAGCACCGGGAACUCAUGAUGUCUUGCUCGGAAGGCAAAUCUUACAAGAAUUACGUGAUGUUCAACAAAAAUAUUCCGAAAGAUUACAUGAAAGGUUAAGGGAAAAAGAAAAUGUAAAGUCAAAUAAUAUGAACAUCUUGAUACCAUUUUACGAUAAAUCCUUACGAAAUGGGAGAGGGGAUCGGGCUCCUAUUGAAGAAUGGAUUAGAGUUUCACCACCAUUUGAUAUCAUUUUAUUUGAUGGAUGGUCUUUAGGGUUUAAACAUUUACCUCCUUCUGAACUUCAAGAAGCAUAUGAUCGUUCAUCGACUUCUUUAACAACUUUAAAAUCUCAUUCAUUUACUCAUAUAAAAACUAUUAAUGAAAAUUUAAAGCGAUAUGAAGAGAAUUGGUAUCCACUCCUUGAUAUUUUUAUUCAUAUUGAAGCGGAGAAUAUCAAUUAUGUUUAUCAAUGGCGUUUAGAACAAGAGCAUACUAUGAAACUAAGAGGAAAAGGUGGAAUGAGUGAUGAACAAGUCAAAGAUUUUGUGAAUAGAUAUAUGCCGGCUUAUGAAUUAUAUUUGGAAAGGUUAAGCAAGGAAAAUUUCUUUUCUAAAGACAUGAAAGGAUGUAAAGGAAUUUAUGGAAGACAUUUGAAACUUGUGAUAAAUCGUGAGAGAGAAAUCAUUAAAGAAAUCUUGAUGUAA